AUGGAAACGACAGUGGAGAAAAAACACUCAAAGACAUUAACGGCAUUAAACAACAGCAACAGUAACAUAAAUUACAAUUCGUGUGAUGAGACCAAAGUAUCGAACGACCAACAGCAACUCGUCGAAUGCAUUGUGUGUGGCGACAAGAGUUCUGGCAAGCAUUACGGCCAGUUUACGUGCGAGGGCUGCAAGAGCUUCUUCAAGCGUUCAGUUCGUCGCAAUCUGACGUACACUUGCAGAGGUAGUCGGAACUGCCCCAUCGACCAGCACCACAGAAACCAAUGUCAGUACUGCAGGUUCAAGAAGUGCAUCAAAGUUGGCAUGAGGAAGGAAGCCGUUCAGAGGGGAAGAAUCCCGCCAUCGCAACACCAACAACACCAACUCUCACAGCAGCAUCCAACAGACUGGCUUUCCACCUAUUUAUCUAGUUUCGUUUCGUUAUUAUUAAGAGCAGAACCGUAUCCGACCGCCAAUCAAGUAUUCAACGACAACAACAACAACAACAACCAGUUAAUGGGCAUUGAGAACAUUUGCGAGAUGGCUGCCAGGUUGCUGUUCAGUGCAGUUGAGUGGGCCAGGAACAUACCUUUCUUUCCAGACCUUCAGAUCUCCGAUCAAGUGGCUCUGCUGAGGUUGGGUUGGAGUGAGUUGUUCGUCUUAAAUGCUGCCCAGUGCUCCAUGCCGUUGCACGCUGCUCCGUUGCUGGCAGCUGCGGGUUUGCACGUCAGUCCCAUGGCCGCUGAUAGGGUCAUGGCUUUCAUGGACCACAUCAGAUCAUUUCAAGAGCAAGUAGAAAGGUUGAAGUACUUGCAGGUUGAUUCAGCUGAAUACAGUUGUCUCAAAGCACUUGUUCUUUUCAGCUCAGACGCCUGCGGCCUCACCGACUGCCACCACAUAGAGAACUUGCAGGAGAAAUCUCAAUGCGCCUUAGAGGAGUACGUACGCACGCAGUACCCGGACCAACCGUCACGUUUCGGAAAGCUGCUCCUUCGACUUCCGUCUCUCAGGACAGUAUCGCCUCAAGUCAUCGAGCAGUUGUUCUUCGUUCGUCUGGUCGGCAAGACUCCAAUCGAGACGUUGAUUCGAGACAUGUUGCUGAGUGGCGGAUCCUUCAAUUGGCCAUAUGUACCUCUACAGUGA